CCUUCGGAUCGUAGUUCCUUUCGCCUGCUGCUGCUGAAAACAUGCAUCUCACCCCCGGCGGAGCUCCAGAUUGGUGCCCUGACCCCAGGGUCCUCAAGGUGACGGUGGGGGGCCACUGCGUCCGCAGGGAGACCAAGACCAAUGUCUCCAGGGGAUCCAAGAAGUCGUUGAUAUUGCUGGAUCUGCUGUGCCUGCUUGUGGUGUCCACACCGUUCCUGAUCUGUGAGCUGGGAUUGAUCGCACCGGUCCAUCGAGGAUUCUUCUGCGACGACAACAGCAUCCGCUUUCCGGCGACGAGAGAGGAGACAGUGAGCGACACCAUGCUGAUCAGCGUGGGUAUCCUCAUCACUGGAGUCGGUAUCGUCCUGGGGGAAUGUCACCGGGUCAACAAGCAGCGCAGGUCGGAGUCGGGCCCCAGAGAGGGAUACUUGUCCAGCAUCUACCGGCAGAUUCUUCCCUUCUUGUUUGGCUCGGCCCUCGGCCAGUCGCUGACUAAUGCCGCCAAGCUGAGCGCAGGUCGCCUGAGGCCGCACUUCCUAGCCGUGUGCCAACCCACGGCGCUGAACUGUACGGCAGGAUUCGUAGAGGAUUAUACGUGCACAGGAAACCCCAGCGCUGUCACAGAGGCCAGGAAAUCGUUCUAUUCGGGUCACGCGUCUUUUGCCAUGUACUCCAUGCUCUAUCUGUCGUUUUAUCUGCAGGCACGGAUGACGUGGAGUGGGGCCCGUCUCUUGCGUCCCUUGGUACAGUUCGUAUUGAUCCUCGUGGCUUUAUAUACCGGAUUCACCCGCAUAUCUGACCACAGGCAUCACCCCUCCGACGUGGCUGUUGGCUUUCUACAGGGAGCGCUGGUGGCUUAUUGGGUGGCUUUCCACAUCUCCGAUAUGUUGCGGCGACAUCACUCACAGGCGGUCAGUGCCCCUCCACGUCCCGACAGCCCAGAGACAUUCACAAACUGUUAAGUGCCCAGAAAAAGCACCAAGAAGUGUGGAGAACCUCAGUGUGAGGAUGGA